UUUUGCCGUGAUGGACGGGCGCUCGCUCUGCAGCUUUGUGGUCCUGCUGGUGUCUGUUCCAGGAGGCAACAGUGAUGACGGUUGGACCAUGAACGUGCAGGCAGAGGUUCGAGCCAUUGAAGGCUACCCGGUGGUGCUGCCGUGCACCUUCAGCCACCCGCACCACUCCCAGCACUCCUCUCUGCAAGUGAUUUGGCGUUUGGGACAUGGCCAAGGCGCCACCAUCCUGUACCGCUGCACCAGCCGACCUGGAACCCCGGCCUGUGAGCCGGGGCCACAGCAGGACCAGCGGUACCGACUAGAGGGGAACCCACGAGAGCAUGACCUGUCACUGCGCAUCAACAGUGCCGCCCUGCAGGACAGUGGGCGCUACUACUGCAGAGUGGAAGUUCAGGGUCGAGAGCACGUUGGCUUUGAGGACAAGAUGGGAACUCGGCUACGAGUCGAGGCUGCACCAAAGAUCCUCAGUUUGUCAGUAGAGGGCAGCAAGGAUUCGGGUUACAGAGCCGUCUGUCGGGUUCAGGGCUCGCCGCUGCCAGACGUGCAGUGGCUCGGGCCAGUGGAGCACGUGGAAGGUUCCCUGCUCAGUCCGCUGUCCCAGGGCGCGGCGUCGCAGUACCGCACCGUCAGCCAGCUGAGCCACGUGGAGGCGGGGCAGCAUUACACCUGCAGCGCCUCCAACCCUCUGGGCAAAGAGCAGGCCACCCUGUACGUCCUGACCCCGAGACCGCCGCCCGCUGGGGGCGAGGCCACGCCACUGCUGCUGCUGCUGCUGCUGUCAGUGUCCCUGGGGGCAAAGGUCAUCCUGUUGGUUGGGAUGGGGGUGUGGAUGGUGCAGAGUUCAGCUGGGGGCGGGUCUCUGCUGGGGUUCAGCUGCUGGGGCAAAUGAUUUCUUACAGCGUAGAUUUUUGGUUAUUUCUUUUGUGUUGUAGCCGCGUAGCUCCAGUUUUAGCAUCGCAGAAAGAAUGGAAGCUGGAAUAAUAAACAGUUAUUAAACCGUGAUGUGUAACAUUUCAGUUUCGUCAAUAAUAGUAUACUCGAUUACAAAGUUUGCUUGAAAUUUCAUCUCAAAUUAUUUGAAAUUUACUUUCAGUUUUACUUAACAAACAUUUAGCGAACCUAGCAUAGGGCCUACUAACUUGGCUGGUUAGCAUGCAGUUAGCUCGCAGACCUCAUUUUCCAAACAAACACAAGAGGUUCUCCUGUUAGGAUCCACAUGAUUUUAUGAAACAUGUUGUAAAGUUGUGUGUUUGAAUUUGAUUAAUACAAAUAUGAAUAAAAUACAAACUAAAAUGAAUAUUAA